GCCUGGGAGAAAGGGGGGAUAUCAGAGCAUCUCUUCACUGUAACUCAGCUGAACUCACAUCUCCUGCCAAAAUGUCCUACAGCUGCUACUCUGGAAACUUCUCCUCCCACUCCCUUGGGGGUUACCUGAGCUACCCAAGCUCCUGUGGCUCUUCCUGUCCCAACAACCUUGUCUACCUCACUGACCUCUGCUCUCUUAGCACCUGCCAGCUGGGCCCCUCCCUGUCCAGUGGCUGUCAGGAGACCUACUGUGAUCCUACCAGUUUCCAGAUGUCCUACAUGGUGUCCAGCCCCUUCCAGACAAUUUCCUACCACCCGAGGACCUCAAUACCCUGUGAUCCUUGCCAGUCAGCUUACCCUGGGUCUCCAGGCUGUGGAUCCAGCAGAAGUUACUGCCUGGGCUAUGGACCUAGAAGCUCCUACUCCCUGGGUUGUGGAUCACAUGGUUUCAGAUCCCUGGGUUAUGGAGUCUAUGGCUUCCCUUUCCUGGGCUACGAAUCCAGAUUCUGCAGCCCAACCUACUUGGCUUUUAGGAACUGCCAAACUUCUUGUUGCCAACUAAUCUGCAGAUCUGGCUUCUCCCACCAAUCAACUUGUUAA